UUGCUAUGAUUCUGUAUCACAUAUUUGCUGCUCAGAUUCACCUGUUAGAAGCCUGCACCUGUGUUGUAGCGCAUAUUUUUAAAUGUUUGAACGAAAAUGCGUGGUGCAAAGCUGCCUGGCUGCUACCAGCUGGCGUUUGCAAAGCAGCCAAUCCAGGAGCGCCAAUCAUUUUUUCGUGGUGCUGAUUGGCUGUAUCCGGGAAAUAUAAGAGACUGAAGAUUUUACAUUCAGCAGCUGUGCUAACUCCGCUUCCACUGUGUGUAUAUUUGGUGUCUGAGCUAUUAAGACAUUUAUGAAUUUUAACUAUUUGUCAGCUACUAAGCCUAAUGGAUACUGGGGGGACCAUUGUAGUAGUUGGUGUGAUCACAGGACAAUUGGCCCACCUGAGUGCUCUUCAGACUACUGGAAUACAGUUAAUUUGGGUUUGAUCACCACGUUGUCCUCUUCACAAUUUAGAUGUACUUAGUUUGCAAAUAAUUAAUAAGAAAAAUAUCUUGUAAAUCACCACCCCAAGCACCAGGUGGUCUUUGUUCCAAAGUUUGAGAACUUUGGUGACAAAGUGGAUUUGCUGCUGUUUAGCAGCUGUAGAUAAAACUUAGCUCUGAUUCAGAUAAUUGAAAAAGGAACUGUGGUUCUUUUUUUUUUUUUACCCAAAUCAAUAAGAACAUGCUCUAAAUGUUUAUGUUGCUCCCCUUCAUGACCACGCAAUGUUUCAAAAACCUUUGUGAUGUGAAAUCUCAAGUUGUUUACAUCCCUCAAUGUAGCUUCAGGUCCAGCUCCGAUGCUUCUACUUUGCCCCUCCCUCAUAUAGUGACAUGGGAUUAUCUGUGUGGGCGGGGUCAAAGAGAUUAACUUUGGGAUUGGGAUUAACAUUGUACUCUCCACUCCCAUACACACACACCAUACACACACACAACCACACACAAUCAGACUCAUGCAAAUCUGUGUAUUCAAGGGCAGGGACAAUUCAGGUCGAAUUGGGUGACUUCUUAGUUUUUAAGCAUUACCAACCCCCACCUUCAUAGACACACAUCCUGAGCUGGAGGCUUAAAGCCUCACCAAAUCACCAUCGAGUCCUAGAGUAAGCCAGGCACCGGGACGGCAGUACCCUCCUUUUAGCUGUAGCGAAAGUCGGAUGCUGGAACCUGAAAACCGUACACGCAGAAAUCUGUGAAUGCCACAUGACUGGAGUGAGAGAGAUGAGACCUUAGAGGGUAAAACGAUAAGAUGGAGGAGCAACAGGGAAACCUGAUGGGCGGCAGAGGAGUGCAGAGGACUGAGAGGGUUUGUUCGAGAGAGGAGAAGAAGAGGAGAAGGACAUCUGGGCUGGUUGAGGACAGAGCCAGCGGUCAGCCGAGAUACCCCAGCUUCUCAUCGGCAUCCAGCAGCUCAUAUGACGACCGCAGCUCGGCAGCCAGCGGCCUGGACGUGGCCGACCGGCUCACCUACCUGGAGCAGAGGAUGCAGAUGCAGGAGGAUGAGAUCCAGCUGCUGAAGUUGGCGCUGGCUGACGUCCUCAAGAGGCUCAACAUUUCUGAAGAGCACCAGGCAGCUGCCGCUGCCGCCGCCGCUGCAGGAAGGAAAACACCGGGCGCCAAAGCCAGGCCCGUCUCCCUGGCUUUGCCCCCCAGAACCAUGUCGACUUCCAGCUCCGCUUCCCUCAAAAAGAGCUCCACAGUGCCCUCCAGCGCCACGGCGAGGAAUUACAGCCCCGCGCCGCCACCACUGAGCGGUGUGAAGGACAGUCCGUGUAAGAUCACCAAGCCGCGGCCCGCGUCCGCAGCCUCGGUCUGCAAGAAAGUUCCUGAAGAAAGCAACCAAUCCAGUGAGCCUGCUGUGAGCGUAGGAACAAGGCGGGUGACACAUUGCAAAGUGACUAUGCAGAUCUAUCUGAGCCCUCUCGCAAGAAAGACUGGGUCUUCUGAGGAGGCCAAGUCGGCGUCUGCGGUGCCCGCCUACAGGGGGCCUGUGGCCGGCCCCGGGCCCCCGCUGACCAAAAGGGGCGGCCAGUCGCAAAAGAAGAGGUCAACCCCGUCCUUCACCUUGAACCUCCAGAAAACCGUAACGGGACAGAGCUCAGCGCAGGAAAUGUCCAGCUACAUCAGCCCGGUCAAGUCGCCCAGCCAGUACUUUCAGAUUUGCUACUGACGCAGACGGACACUCCUCACUCGUCUUGAAAGAAGUUCACGCUGGUUAGAGAUUUCAGUUUUCAAAAUCUGCGACUAAUUUUAUGGCAAUCUCCCUGCAACUGAAUUCAUAAAACUCCUAAAGAGGCUCACCAAACCACUUACCUGUAACUAUCCCAUCUAACCACAUCAAGUAUUGUGAUUUAUGUUUAUUUCUUUUGAACAUUUUUCUGCCUUUAGUUUCCCUGCAUACCACAUCCUAGCGAUAGCUUCACUGCUCAUGUGCUUUGAUCUGUGCAUCGUUUUCCUGAACUUCUGCCUCCUCCAUGAGAGCACUCUCAGUGACGUACACGAGGAAACAAUUUAUUGUCAAGACGACUGGAUUAUCUGUGUGCGCCAAUGUCUUUUUUUCCGCGUGUUUGAUGUUAGUUUCCACCUGAAAAUGUCUGUUCUCACUCAGAAAAGACAAUAAAAAGUGUUGGUCUCUGUGUGA